CACUCUCUCAUUUCACUCUAUUCUUUCUGCGUCUCCCUCGACCUCUUCUUCCUUUCUCUAUCCUUAUCACAAAAGCUAAAGACAGAAAAAAAAAAAAAAGAAAAAGCGACAUAUUCCAUGAUAUCACACCUGGCACAUUAUUCCCAACAGCAACAAAAGAAGCCGACAUCACUAUAGCUUUGAACACAACAAGUUAUUGCCUUGGUCAGUGCUCUUGUUGAGCUCCCGUAUCAUGUUUUUAACCCGCACGCCUCCCUAAAAGUCUAAAACCCCUUCUCUCUUCAAUUCCUUGGAACCAUUCAGAUCCACUCUGUUAUCUCCAUUCUCUACAGGUCCUUCCUCUGCUCAUUCUCCAUAACCGCUAAAAUAACUUGAAGCGAAAGAGCAAUGAUGGGGUUAGGUUUUGUCCCCAUCUUCAGUCUCGCUCUCUUAGUUUCCAUUUCAAGUGCAGAGAUCUCUAACAAGGUGGGCAUAAACUACGGUCAGCUAGGAAACAAUCUCCCAUCUCCUUCAGAGUCAGUGGAGCUACUCAAAUCUCUCAAAGCCAAACGAGUCAAGAUCUAUGAUGCCAAUCCAGACAUCCUUAAAUCCCUCAAAGACACCGACAUCCAAGUUUCCAUUAUGAUCCCUAACGAACUCAUACAAAACAUCUCCAAAAGCCAAUCUCUCUCGGACCACUGGGUUAAAACCAAUGUCGUCCCUUACUACUCCGAUGUCAAAAUCCGAUAUCUCCUCGUCGGGAACGAAAUCCUCACAAAUCCUGACACGGGCACAUGGUUCAACCUUGUACCUGCCAUGCGCCGAAUCAAAGCUUCCUUAAAAACCCACAAGAUCACAAAAAUCAAAGUCGGCACCCCGUCUGCCUUAAACGUUCUCGAGUCUUCAUUCCCACCAUCGAAUGGCACGUUCCGGUCCGAUAUCUCCGGCCCGAUAAUUAAACCGAUGUUGCGAUUCUUGGACCGGACCAAAUCGUUCUUUUUCAUCGAUGUCUACCCUUAUUUCGCCUGGGCCGAUAACCACCAAAACAUCAAUUUAGACUACGCUCUUUUCAAAGCCAAGAACGUAACAUACACCGACCCGGGUACAAACUUAACCUACACCAACCUCUUAGACCAGAUGUUAGACGCUGUCGCUUUUGCGAUGAAACGGCUCGGGUAUCCGGACGUUCGUAUUUUUAUUGCAGAAACGGGUUGGCCUAACGAUGGAGAUAUUGACCAAAUCGGAGCAAAUAUUUACAACUCAGCCACUUUCAAUCGCAAUGUGAUAAAAAAACUCACAACAAAACCCGCAAUUGGAACCCCAGCCCGACCCGGUUGGGUCAUACCCAGUAUCAUCUUCGCCCUGUAUAACGAGAACCAGAAACCGGGUCCGGGUACGGAGCGACAUUUCGGAUUAUUGUACCCAAAUGGGACCAAAAUCUACGAGAUUGAUCUCAGUGGAGACACGCCGUUAUCAGAGUACACAAAGCCCUUGCCGGCUCCGACCAAUAACGAGCCAUAUAAAGGGAAGAUAUGGUGCAUGGUUGCUAAAGGAGUCAACGAGACUGCAGUGGGAGAUGCGUUAUCAUAUGCUUGCUCGCAGGGGAAUAAAACUUGUGACGCGAUCCAGACCGGAAAGGAGUGUUAUAAGCCGGAUUCGUUGUUUUGGCAUGCGAGUUAUGCGUUUAGUUCGUAUUGGGCCCAGUUUAAGAAAAGUGGUGGGACCUGCUCCUUCAACGGGUUAGCUACGAUGACGCCUAAGGAUCCAAGUUUUGGACAUUGCAAGUUCCCAGGUACAACUCUUUGAGGCGGAGCUGUCCAUCUGGGCAAAGGGCAAAAGGAUGCAGGAAGCCAUGAACUGACGAUUUUGGUGUUCUCAUCUUGCAGAGCUUGUGAUUUUGGUGCCCCGUUUAAUUAUUACUUUAUUUAUUGAAAUAAUAUCGUCAAUCUUUUGAGGCCUUUACUGUCCAUAUCUCUAAGGACACUUCAUGAUUCUAUGUAGCGGCACCUAAAUCACCUUGGUCUAUGUUUUUUUUCAUUAAAGAGUCGAUUAAUUUGUGCUAAUUAGGGCAGAUUCUUAAGAUGGUUUCCAAAAAUGUUGAUGGUCCAUACUUUAUUUUAGUUUGUUGUUUAGUUAGUCAUUGUUUUUUAAUAAUAAUAAUAUUCUCUUUAAGAAGGCAA